CCCGGGCGGACAGGCGGCCUUGCAAAAGCUGGCGCUGCGGCGGAAAAAGGUGCUGAGCGCCGAGGAGAUGGAGCUGUUCGAGCUGGCGCAGGCUGCGGGCGGCGCCAUGGACCCCGACGUGUUCAAGAUCCUGGUGGACCUGCUGAAGCUGAACGUGGCGCCCCUCGCCGUCUUCCAGAUGCUCAAGUCCAUGUGCGCUGGGCAGAGGGUGGCGAGCGACUCCCAGGACCCCACGGCCGUGCCCCUGCCCGCGCCCAGCGUGCCUGAGACCCGAGAGGCCUCCUUUCUCUCUGUCCGGAGCCGUAGCCCCCCCGCGAGGCCCUCCUUUUCCUGCGCCCCGCAGCCUGCGGCCUCUCCGGUUCUGCUCCACGGCCCAGCUGCCGCGUACUCGCCUCUCUCUCCAGGGCCCCCCGGUUCCCUCCGGUUCUCUUGCUGCCUGUUCUCUCCUUUUGCAGGGAGAAACAAGGGCGGCGGUGCCCUGGGCGGAGGCACGGCCCUGGCAGAACGCAGCAGCCGGGAAGGACCCAGCCAGAGGAUGCCCCGCCAGCCCAGCGCCUCCAGGCUGCCAAAGGGGGGUGGGCCAGGGAGGAGCCCCCCAAGGAGCGGCAGCUGAGCGCCCCCUGGGCAGGCAGCUCCCCCAUCUUGUGGCUAAUAAACCUCUGAAACGCCAA